AUGCUCCAUAAUUCCAAGCUCCCAAAGUCAUUCUGGGUAGAUGCCAUGCAAACGGCUGCAUAUAUCACAGCACGCAGCCCAGCAUCAGGACUCCAUGGAAAGUCCCCAUAUGAAAUACUGUUUAAAAGGAGAAACACAGACCCUAGCACAGAUCAGUGGGAGGGACUCAUUCCAGAGAAUGCUCACUAUCCAGACCAAAAUACAUUGGAGGAGGAUGAUCCUGACCCUCAGACCCAAAAUCCAAAUGAAUCGCAAAUGGAACCACAUCUCCAAGAAGAUGUUCCAAGAGCAGUGGAGCAUUACCUCCAUGGAGACGUUCUGAGAGCAGUGGGAGCACCUGAUCAGCUAAGACACCCUCCACAACAGUCUCUACAACCAAGACCCGAACACUGGCUAUCUUCAGAACGGAAACUAGAGUCACAGUCAGUGGGAGGACAGCGCCUCAACAUACAGCCAGCUGAUGUGGAAAAAGUCCAAAUACAGCUAGACUGUAACAACCAAGAGUUUCCUACUCUGGCGCACAACUCAGAUAAGCUAUAG